CCUCCAUUUCCCUCUCUCUCUCUUUCUGCUCUCGAUCACUGUCUCCCUCACACCGUUUCUUCCCUCUCGCACACGUUCUUGCGCUCUCUGGCUCCGCUCGGCGUCCUCUCUGCUGGAUCAAUGGAGCGCAGGAGGUGAUUUCAGCCCCUUGAUUUAUUAGUCACCCCUGGUUCCUGGAACAAGCCAAUUAAAGAGGAUUCCGAGUGUGUGCACGCGUGUGUGUGCGGCCGAUCCUGAGACGGAGACGAUCCUGAGACAGAGACGAGACUCUUCGGCUGUUCCCUCACGCUUUUUACUGUGGACCAGGAGGCAGUGAGGAGAAGAGGGCUGCAGGGUGGUGUGGGGAGGGUGAUGGUGGGUUUCUUGGACGAGGAAGAGAAAAAAGAAGUAACGAGGGACAGGCAACUGGGCGGACAAUUUCACGCCACUUUAGCAUGAUUUGUUCUGUCAUGGCCAGGACAUAGAACUCCACAGCAAACAUCAGCUUGGCGGCAAGGUACCCAAGGUUAAGGGAAGUGACGGCUGGGCCGGGUCAACAUGGCGCUGGAGGAGAAGCCUGGUGUAAAGAGCAGCAGCUCUAUCGUUCCCUGCUUCCUGUUUGUGGAGCUGGUGAUCAUGGCUGGGACGGUGCUGCUGGCUUACUACUUCGAGUACACGGACACCUUCCCCGUCCACAUCCAGGGCUUCUUCUGCUACGACAAGAGCUUCUCUAAGCCCUACCCCGGUUCGGACGACGCCAGCAAAAUCCCGCCGGUUCUCAUCUACUCGCUCGUGACAGCCGUCCCUACGGUCACGAUCCUUGUUGGGGAACUUUGUGCGUUCUUUACCAAAGCAGAGGGAACCCAGGAAAGGACCAUAGUCACCACAGACUGCUGCUACUUCAACCCCCUGCUCAGGCGCAUCGUACGCUUCUUAGGAGUGUACGCCUUCGGCUUGUUCACCACUGCCAUUUUCGCCAACGCCGGCCAGGUGGUGACAGGAAACCAGACGCCUCAUUUUCUGUCCGCCUGCCGACCAAACUACACAGCGUUGGGCUGCCAGUCGACCAUGCAGUACAUCACCGAGCGCCGCGCCUGCACGGGCAACCCGCUGAUUGUCAUGUCUGCGCGUAAAUCCUUCCCGUCUAAGGACGCAGCGCUCAGCGUGUACUCAGCCUUGUACACUGUGAUGUAUGUGACAUUGGUGUUUAAAACCAAAGGCACUCGGCUCACCAAGCCCACCAUCAGCCUCACUCUGCUGUGCCUGGCCGUGCUGGUGGGAGUGGUGAGGGUCGCCGAGUACCGCAACCACUGGGCUGACGUGCUGGCUGGAUUCUUCACCGGUGGCGCCAUCGCUGUGUUUUUGGUAACUUGUGUCAUUAACAACUUCCAACAGUUUCAGCCAAGCCCGCCUCCGCUGCGACCCCAACGUCCUGAAUCCAUGCUGGGCAUGCCCAUGGUGACACUGCCUUGUGUGGAAAGUCCACUCGAAAAGUUAAGUGGCCCUCAGACUCCGCGGGACUCUCCGUUCACAGAGAUCACAUGACCAUCAGCCCUAUCGGUUCCCCGCCACCCCCGAUGUCCUCGUACCGUCUCGCUCCAUUUCCAGCGAAGUCUAGACCAGCCGGAACAGCAGCACUCGCCACACUGCGCGGCCCACGGGUCGGGUCGGAGCGCCAUGCUGCAUCGUUCCUAUUCCACGCAGGUCUAGGCCCGGCGGACAUUAACCCCUCCCCCUCCACGCCCCAUAGACUUCCUUAAACGCCGGGGAACCGAUAGGCAAACUAUUUCAGACUUCUUUGUUCUUAAAAUACUGUGAACAAUCAACAGAGAAUCACCCAUCUCUCUUGAGUGAUUCAUUUUUACGUUCUUUUGUAUCAAAUCAGUCGCGAUGGAUUUCUCCAGCUUUGACUUAAGAGAUUUUUGUACCGCUAAGUUCACACCUGUGGAAGAGGAGGCGGGAUCUGACAACCAGAGGUGGGGGGAUGACCUCCGCCACAGUGGACCAAAGACACUCGCUGCAGGCAAUGUGUCAAACUCUGUUAAAAAUACCUUUUUACCAAGCCACACACUCAAAAAUAACCAUAAGCUGCGUUUCCAUUAACCACAUAAUUGCUCAAUUUGACAUUUCUGAAAAACUAAUUUUUCGAUGAAAGCGGUGCUACAUGCUAGUGAAUCAUGGGGUGUACUUAGAUUUGUCCAUGACUAUGUUAGCAAUCAAAUGAAUUUUAUUUCUUCAUAACUGUAUACCGCAAAUGUUUUUGAUUUUAAAGUCCCAUUUUAGGUUUUUAAUUGUUUAACAAUUUAAGACGUGUUGGUAUUUCAUCACUUUAACUUUUAAUAGCGUAAUCGCCAAAAGUCAUAUUUAGGCCAAAUUGAGAUAUCUGCGUAAUACUGACCUAUUUAUCCUGUUAACGUCAAAAUACAUUUGCUUAAUGGAAACAUGCUAAUUUUGAAAAAACUUGUUUUUCAAAAUGUUUUGGCGUUGAAAUGAGU